AAAUAAAUAGAAAAUAAAGUCUUGCAUUUCUUACAUUUCAACAAAACACACUCAAACAGAACAUAUUUUUUACAUUUUAAUAAAUGUAUAGUAUAUGCAUAAUUGCAACAGAAAUAAUAAACACUUAGAAAUUAAGACUCUUAAAAAGAAGAGUUAACUUUCAGUCCCAUUUUAUCAUGUGUUUCACACAAAGUAUACUCCACGUCUUCCUGGAAUGAAAAAAAAUAAAUAAAAAAUAAAUAACACAUACUCACCGUCUACAUUUACAUUAGUCAUUUAGCAGACGCUUUUAUCCAAAGCGACGUACAAAGUAGGGGAAAACAAUAGAAGCAAUUUGUGCAACAAAAGAACAACAAUGCAUUGGUGCAGUAAAAACUGGUCUCAGUCAGCCUAUCACAGUAUAUGAAGCUAAGAUUUUUUUGUCUAAACUGACAAAGUAACUAACAGUUAAGUGCCUUAAAGUACGUGUACGACAAACACACAAAUAAAUGAGUUAUGUAUUGUAUGGAAUAAAUACAAAUUAUCAAGAAAUAAUAACCAAUAAUAAAGAUAGACAAGCCCCUUUACAACACCCUAUUUAAAAAGAGAGCCGAGUGUCCGCAAAAAUAAAACACACAAUACGAUUUUAAACUUUAAUUAUAAUAUGUGAAAGAUGUGCACAUAAUAGUUGCAAUAAACACCUAACUUAUACAUUGAUUUUUUACAACAUAUAAACAAAAACUGGACAUAUAUCACCCUGAUCUCCGCCAUGCUGUUAAUGCGUUUGUGACGCGUGUCCUAAAUGAGUGGCUGCGGGCCUGCAGCUGAAUACUAUUGGCCUGAACACGUCAUCAUACGCCUGAAAGAACUAUUUGGCGGGAAACGUGACAAUAUAAAUUAAGCGUGCGCGUUUGUGUUGAAUGAGUUUUGGCUAUUCUCUUGUGACUACGCUUGUGUAUUAUAAAUGAUGUUCGGUUUGCUACAAGCGCUUAAAAGCGCGAGACUUCUACCUAAACAAUAUGCGUUUAGACAUGCGUCAAACAUCACCUCAAAAACCGCUCAAGGGAGUAUUGGCGUUGCGGAGAGUGUAUUUGUGAUGGGCUUUCUCUUCGUUGCUGUUCUUGGUCCAGCUGGGUGGAUCCUGUCGAACUCGUGUGACUUGCACAGAAAACCGCAAUGACGAACGAGAGCAACAAG